AUGGCUUCAACUCAAAAGCCAACCAUUGUGCAUGUCAAUGGCGCUUGGCACACACCGUCAUCAAUGACUAAGCUCAUCACUUCCCUUCGAGCCCUCGACUACGAAGUCCAUUGUCCUCGCCUGACGUCGGUGAACGGCGCACGGCCUCCCAAUUCUAGCCUAGCUACUGACUCAGAGCUUCUUCGAUCGUAUGUCUCCAGCCUUGUUGAGGCAGGUCGCGAAGUCGUCAUCAUUAUGCACUCAUAUGGAGGCAAAGUAGGCACCAACGCUCUGCAUGGGCUCAGCCGUGAAGCCCGCUCAAAGAAGGGACUUGGAGGCGGCAUUGUCCAACUGAUCUAUGUCUGUGCUUUUGCGCUAGCUGAGGGGCAAUCCAUGGCAGCGCUUAUUGCAGAGUUCGGGCAUGAAGAGUCGAUGCCUGUUGUAUUUAAUAUCGACGAGGAUGGCGGGCUCAGUUUCCGGGAUGCGAAGGGACCACUUAUUGGGGAUGAUCUCGGCGAGUCAAACGAGGAAGAGGUGCAAGCGUAUCUCGACUCACUAGUGUCGGUUUGGAAUGGACUUUGUACGAGGGAUACCGUUACAGGUCCGGCUGCUUGGAAAAAAAACCCGGUUGCCUAUGUCUAUUGCACGAAAGACAACAUGGUGCCAUUUGAAUACCAGAAGUCAUUGGUGGCGAAUAUCGAGAAGGAAGGGAGGGAAGUAAAGACGUUUGUUUUGGAAACUGGUCAUUGUCCCAACGUCACGGCCACAAAGCAGCUGGUGGGCGUGAUUGAUGAGGUCAUUGUGGGAGCAAACUGA